AUAUGUCAGAUCAGAAUUCCUUUUCUUUCUCUUUUCUUUUCUUAUAUUCGAAUGCAUUAUGGCAUCAGAAAGCUAAAAUUGCCAACCAAAAAGUACCAAUUCCACACCGCCACAGAGUCAUACACCGUUGCUUGUGAAGAUUGCAGGAUUGUAUUUUGUUCCAUCUAUUUGGGAUAUCUUAUCUACUUGGCCCUAUUGUUUUUUUUUUUUUCUUUUUUCUUUUGUUUCUUAUACUUGGUGGUAGAAUUUCUCAAAAGAAGGCCUCAACCUUUGUACAGCUACUUUUCUUAGCAACCAGAACUUGAUAUGUUUUCAUAUUUCUUUAUCUUUAAUUGUCAAUGAAUCGUAUGUGUGUGUACCUUUUUUGCUGUUGAUGAGUCUUACAUGACUCAUGCAACUACAGAAAGUAAGAAUUUUUCUCUUACCUGCCAAAAUCUUUCCCUUUAAAUAUAUUCGCAGAAUUGAAAGGGUUGAUCAUCAACCACUUGCAGGUUUCUCUUCCUUUUAUCUCUUAUCCUGAAGAAUCUUUCUAUCACUAGUGACGGCAUCAUUCUUGAAUCUUGCCACUCACUGAAAAUGAAGAACACACAUCAGAAUCAAGUUAUUGGAAUUCCAAUCAGUUCAGAAUUAUAUUUACCUGACCCUUCUACCCAAUACCAUCUUCCGUCUUCUUUGAAUUGUUCUUCCACAUUGACGCAAUGUAAAUUAGAUUCAGUUUUCAAGAUGAUGAACAAAUUAGGAAGGAAAGCUGACAAUAUUGCACAAGGGAUUAGAGAGCAUGUCAGGCUAGGAUCCAAUAUCAGUCAAACUGUAAAAGGGAAGUUUAGUUUGGGGGCUAAAAUUCUUCAAGUUGGUGGUGUGGAGAAAAUUUUCAAGCAGUUGUUUAGAGUUGGAGAAGAUGAGAAAUUGUUAAAGGUUUCUCAAUGCUACUUGUCAACAACAGCAGGUCCCAUUGCAGGCCUCUUGUUUAUCUCCACUUGCAAGGUCGGCUUUUGCAGUGAGAGAUCAGUCAAAUUCUCUUCUCCGAAUGGGAAAUCAGUUCGUAUCCAUUACAAGGUAGUGAUCCCACUUGCAAAAGUUAAAAGAAUUGGAAAGAGUGAGAAUAUGAAGAAUCCAUCCCAAAAGUACAUGGAAAUAGUAACUGUUGAUGAGUUUGAUUUCUGGUUUAUGGGUUUCCUGAAUUAUCAGAAAACUUUCAAAUAUCUUCAGCAUGCAAUCUCUCAGAACGUAGAUGAUUAAUUUACACCAAGUCACUUACUAGUGACUUAUAAGAUUGUAAUUAAUGUUCUUUCCCUCCGUUUCAUUAAGAGGGUACACGCAUUUAGACUGUACAAAAUUUUGUAAUGAAGAUAUAUAUGAUCAUCCAAAUAUUAAGUCA